UUGUAAGGGCCUCAGGUUGUGACGUAAAAGAUAAAGGUAACAGCACUGCUCCCAUUUCUACACCCACUGUCCAGACAGAAAGUCGGCCGCAACUUGAGGCUUUCACUAAAGGAUCUUCACUGAACACAAUUUCUACUGACAUCUAAGCUCCUGAUUUAACACUGAGGAGUCAGAAAGAAGAAGAAGCUGCAUGCUAAACCACUGUUGGCCAUCUGAAAAAGGAAGUAAAACCAACCAAGACAACCACGAUGGAAACGCUUGAUCCUUCAGCUCUAUCAGAUGUCACUUCUACUGUCACCUACGACCCUAAAUCUGAGACAGUGACCUUACCAAGAGGGGUUGUCUCAGUGGCGGGCAUCACUGUGGUGACCGGGGGCGCUGAGCUGUCCUGUGGGUCCUGUAUGCUGGCCUUUGGUUUUUGGGGAACUCUCAUCGGCCUCAGUUGUGUCGCUGUGGGGCUAUGGGACCAGCUGAACCAGUCUAAAGGAGGAACAUCUCACUUACUGGGACUGGGACUAGUGAUUCUGACCCUCAGUUUCGUGGUGGUUGGAAGCGUGGUGGCAUUUUACCUCCUGACAAAGAAGAAGAGAGAGAUGACCCGAGAGCAGAGAGAGGAUGGAAAAGAAGUUCUUGUAGAGAGUGAGAGGGUAAUUAAAAAAGUCACAGUAUAAAGCAAUAGCAUUAAUGACAGAAUAUAAGAGAAACUGAUGAAAAAUCUACAGAGAACGCAUGAAUGGACUGAUCCAUAAAUAAAACAGUCAUACUGGGUAGGAGAAACCACUCCCCUUUUGCUUUAACAAAACAAGUUCAGUCUGUGGCAGUCUCACUGGCUCCUGCUCUUCCCUUUAUCUAUCUAAAGUAUGUAGAAAUGCAACUCCUGUUUUCUUGGGAAAUGUAACCUUUUCCCUCCAUUUUAUGCUACUUUCGACAUCGACCCCACUACAUUUCAGGAGGAACUUAAGUACUUUUUACUGCACUAUAUCUUAUCAACAGCUAUAGUUAGUAGUUACUUUGAUGAUCAAGAGAUUACAUACAAAACAUAUGAGUAGCUUACAUUUAGCCUAAUCCAGCUUCAAUAGUAUAAUACUCUGAAGGGGCAGACUGCUGAUAGUAUUUCUGUAAGUCUCCUUACAUAAAAUUAUGAAUACACAACAUACUUUCAGUGAUUUUAUAAUGGUGUAUUGCUAAUUUAAGUAGCACUUAUUAGUACUUCUUCCACCACUGCCUACUAGUUUUUACUCAUGAUGCCUGUAUUUUCUUUCAUUUUCACGACUGGCAAUUUUACAUGUAGACAGUAAAAAUGUGUGUAUUUUUGUGUGAGAGAGAGAGACAGAGAAGGAGAAAGGGAGAGAGAGAAAGACAAAAAGAUGAAAACCUGGAAGAAGUGUGUAAUAAAGAGAGACAUUAUCACAGAAUACAGAAGUAUGUUAGAAGGUUUGUUCAGUCAAAUUAUACAGAAAAUAAGAUACUUUCUCACUUACUUCUGCUGCUAUCAAGCCAUGUUGAAAUUAACAUGUUUGGUUUUGAGAAAGCUGCAACCAAUUACACAGUGGAGGGGAUCAAAAGUGUAUUUACAGUGAAAAAUUACAUUUUAAAAAAACUCAACAGCAAAGUGUUUUUAAGGAAACAAUAUCUCAGAACAUCUCUUCUGUCCAUACUAUGCACAUGUGCAUAUAUAUCAAGUGAGCUAAACACCUUUCCAAUAAAGUUUGAAGGCUGGAGUUGCCCUUUGAAGUUGAAAA